AUGUGUGAUAUCCCCUCAGUAAGAAGUAAGCUUGGCCUCUCAAGUCCGUCAAAAAACGAAGUAAUGCUGUGUGAUUAUUCUCCACCUAAGGCAUUGACAGACACACACAAUGGUAUUGAGACCAGAUAUGUCAAUAAGCUAACCUUGCCUCCCAUAAAACUUAGUUCAACGGAAAAUCACAGUGUUAACCUACACAGACGGGAUCCGUGCCUCCUCUGUGACGUCACGAACAGUUCUAAGUGUUUCCGGAAUGCAGCUGACAAAAGUUAUCGAUUAACCAAUAACGACCGAGGUGUAUUGGGGAGUACGGGCCGCCAGCCUAUAAAAGCCGAGAACAGCUCGAUAAGCGGUAGACUUACCGAUACUGCCGACUACGAUACACCUACGACAACCUUUACCACAGGUUACCUGUUACCUCCGUUGAUAAUGUCAUCUUUAAAACUCGACAACAGACACGACAUGGCCGCAAACGAUCAUGUCCGGCACCAUCUUAAACGACAGGAACAGUGGAUACACACAGAGCGUCUUAAGAACUGGAGACGAACAAAUGGAAACAAGAUUUCCGGGAGACAUGCUUACCAACACAGUUCAUCGUCAGGACAAAAAUCCGACGUAAACAGUGGAAACUCUGCUGACAGUCUUCAUACACAGUCUUCCUCAUUGUCAGAUCCUCAUCACCCGGUCGUGGAGGAAAUGGACGAAGAACAAAGACAGGCAAUUGACAAAUGCAUGCGAUGGAUGGAACAUCUUCCAAAGAAAUUUUCCGGUAUGCACAUAAUUGUUCCGGCGCCAGAACAUACGGACCAGUCUUGAGUGUUAUGUUAAGCCAAUGACCAGGGACUAACCUUAAACAAACUGCGCCGGAGAACAUUCCCGCACAGAUUCUAGGCCUAAUUUGGUGCUGAAAAACGUUUUUUCUGGAAGUGACAGAGCGAGGACUAGGCUGAUUUGUGUGUUAGGACGAUCCCGUGACUAAACACCGUGGUAUUAUUACAGCUACGUGUGUCUACACCACUUCCUAAACCGAGCUGUAUUCUUUGCUGUAAUAUGCGAAUUGUACAUGUGUCCAUACACAAAUGGUACACUGCCUAUGUCUAACUGCAGAUCAUGUAUCGUGAAAACAGAAGAUGCACGUGUUUGCAUGUGCACGUAACACUUCCAUAAACGAAACAAUUGGGACAACUACGAAACUGCAUGCUUACGUUAAUUGUAAAUACGUCUUAGAGAGGAUUUUGGGGACGAGUUGUGGAACUAUUUAUGCGUACCACUAUGUGUUCAUAACAUUUCUCAUUAUAACAUUCCGCUGCCAAUAACCGUGACUCCUGUAUAGAAAGGACUAACCAUGUGGUGUGUUCCGCACGUGCCAAGCCAGGUUAUCUACGACAGAGGAGAACUGCUAUAAUUAACAGUCUUCUGACAGUAUUUAUAUAUGCAUAUGACGUUUGCAUACCUAAAAUAUAAAAAAGAAAAUCAGGAUUUGCCGUAAAAAAAAUAUGAUUCCUUUUUAUCAGAAAUCGAUUUAAGCUUUAGUCGAAAUAAAUGUAUAUUUUCGCUAUUUUUGAACCUCAUUUUGACAGAAAUUAAAUCUUCGUAAAGAAGCAUAACAUUUUUUAUUCGAAAUACGUCUGAAAUUAAAUAAUACUUAAGUUCUACCAAAACUGUUUUUGAUAUUAUGACUACUGUGAUAAUAUUUUUUUUUAAUUUAUACAACAUUCCAUUGUCAUUCAUCAAUCAUCGGUAUGUGCUAUUUAUCUGUGAUAUACAAAGGUACUGUGAUAUGUUACAUGUUUAAACUAUUAUUGUUGUAUAUUAAAAUAAUCUUGACCAUAUC